GUGAUCAGAAAGAGACAACCUCGGAUAGCUUUUUAAAAAUCACAAUUCUUGAUUUGGAAGUUUGAAAUUGUCAACAAUAAAUAUGGCAGGUGCAGCAGAUACAUCCCGCUCGUACAGGCUGGACUUGGAUCCACAGAAAAAGAGUGUUUUUGUGACUCAACUUGGAGAACGAGGUGAGGAGGAGGAAGAAGAUGUCAACAAAUACCCCAUCGUCAAAGAGUCAGCGGGGAAGCUGAUAGAAACUGGCCUGAAUACGAUGCAAAAGACCCUUCUUCUCAAGCGAGAAGUUGAAGUAGACAAAGUCACCCUUGAGCUACAGACCAAGAGGGACAACUUCAAGCGUCGUAUGGCAGAGUGUGAAAAGAAACGCAUUGAGCUUCAAAAGAAACAACAGAGGAUGAAAGACAGAGUCAAUAAAUUUGACAAAUUCAUUCAAGAGACGGAGGCGAAGAGGAGAAGAGCAAUCCACAAAUAUCAGACGGAGUUGAAACUGAAAGAUCAGAAGCAGAGCGAAUACGAGCAGUUAAUCGAGCAACUUGAAGAUGUCAAACUCUCGCAUAAGCAACUUUGCUCAAGAUUACAGAGGUACAAGAAAUACGAAGACUACUUGAUGAGGGUGCUUGAUGACAUUCCGGAGAACUACUUGGAGGUGAAUGAUUCUAUGUUACGUAGUCUAAUGGACAGACAUCGGACUCUCAACGCUACUAACCAAGCUGUUAUUAACCGAGUCCAGCUGAUGUCCGAUCAAGUGGAUACCGAUAACCAGAUGCUGGAUGAACUCAAAUAUAAUCAUGACCAGAAGAAAUUGCUGAUCAACCGUCAGUUGGCUGAGCUUCAAAGCUUACAGGAGGAAAAAAUAGACUCCAACUCCCAGAUGGAAGAAAUGAUCUUCAUGGAACUUAACAGCUACAGAGAUCAGAGUGAAGUUUUAGGACGAAUCAAGAUGGCUAUUAAUGACAUUGCAGAGAAAUGCCACAAGGAGCACGACCCACCUCUUGAGACCAUGAGUAGUAUCGAGAAACUUCACCUUAUUAUGUUGUUCACAGUUGACUUGAUUUCGGUGGAGAAGAUGGCCAAAAAUAUGACAGUUAGGUCGAAUUCCCGCCGGAAAAGUAAGAGCACAAGUGCUACCGGUUCCAGAGGGAGUAGGAACAAUACAAGCCUCAGUUCAAAUACCCAGAAGAAAUGAGAGAGGAGCCAUGAGAAAAAAAGAGACAAUUUUUGCAUGCACUUCAUGAGGCCAUGUCAUGCCAUCAUAGCUCUACGCAAUGGAUGUGAAAACCAUGGAGGAAUUCCAAAUUGUGAACAUGCAGUGAACUGAUCAACAAGAGAUAAGAUGUGUUGGAAUUGAUGAGCUGCAGACUUAUAAACUCAUAAGUUGUCCAGAUGUCCAGCCUGAUGUUUGUCCAGAGGACACAACUUACUCAUAAAAACAGUCAGCGUUAUGUAUAGGUUUUCUCGGCCAACAAAAAUCUAUUCAUUUUAAUACCCGGCUCGGUCAAUUUCGAUUGGAAAUGAAUUUCGAUUGGAAAUGAAUGCUCCGUUGAAUCAGCAUUCAACAGUCAGAUGGAGUAAUUCAAUUCCACCAGUUGAGCAUUCACUGCUCAAAUAAGAUCUUUCAAUUUCAUAAGGCCAUGAGACUCGUUCAGUUUUUGUAAAAGCCAGCAGCAAAAGCUGGUCGACCCAUUUCAUCUUAUGCAAAUAGGAAGUCGAAGUUCAACUUCAACUGAAGAAUGGUCAGUGUAGUUUUUAAUGGCUUUAAAUGAAAUAGAACGACUGAAAUGAAAAUCAAAUGGAAUAAUAUCCAAAAAGAAACCCUAGUUUGAGCGUAUGAUGGGAAAAUGCAUGAAAUUGAAUGAACUUUUGCUGAAGUUGGCUGGGAAAAACCUUAAAAAUAUCAGUGCCCACUUUUUAUAAUGCUGGUUCCAUUCCUUCACUGUAUAAUAUUGGUCCACACCCGGUGUCAAUAUUUUUCUGACCAAACCAUAACCAAGUUUUGGCUGGAUUAAGCAUGGUUUACAAUAUACAUGUAGCAACAAAUGUGGUCAUGGAAUUUGUUUGUAAAUGAAUCCAAUCGUGUUUAUAAAAUUAACCAAAAUAACUCCAUUGCUUGAAAGUUAAAUAAAGCCUUUGUAUCUUGAAAAUAUUAAAGUAAGAGACGUACCUACAACACAACUGGUUUUUUUUCACCGAUCCGUAUUCGUGCUUAGAAAACGUAUUUUACAACAAAAAACAGACGAUUAUCGUUUCAUUUAUCCUUGCUUCCAUUUGUGAAAGCUGUUACCAAUGACGACCACCAAACAAACCCCUUAAAGAAUGAAACAAAUGCCUGAUAUUUUUGUACUGUACAUUUUUAAUAUAAAAUAAUUUAUUAAACUAUGUGUGAUAAUCACAAAAUCUACAUUGUACGCUCUUUUUUUCUCAGCCCUUGCAAGACACGAGCGUACCUUCACCAAAUUGCCCGUCUACCAUUCCACCAUUUUGGGAGUCAAGUUUUGUUUGUGUACCCUAAACGGGGGAAGGGAUAGGCGGUCGAAAGUGUGCUGCAGGUCAUGCAAGGGCUUAAUAUAAGUACCAUAACAUACAAAUGCUGCAGACAAAAUUAAUUGUUCAUACUCUCUUAUACUGGUUAAACCAAAAUCUUAAUAGGGCGAGUUAGGAGGACAACAAAUGAUGUUCUAGUCUUGCCCCAAGACUUCAAUGAUCCAUGGGUUGUCUAUUGUUUAAGCGUACUUCACUGGCUCUCACUCAAGCAUGAGGAGGGUGCACUUGAACGAUUUAAAAACAGAGUGCAUUUUACUAUCCGCUAUCGAUCACUGACGUCUUGAGCCAACUCAGUGAUGUUCUUGCUUGCAAUCUGCUGGGUGUAUUGGGCCAUUGCAGUCAUACAAUAACAGGAUAAGAAUACAUUCAGGAAGUUUUGUAUUGACCAAAACAGAGAUUUAACAAAACAUUUGAUUUCCCAUAAUUUUAGUCCCAAUCCAGCAUCUAGUACUGCCCCAAUGUUAAAGUGAAUAAAAACAUUAUUUCAAAAAAGAAACCAAAAAUUCAUUUAAUUUACUGUACAAAAGAGUUAAAACAAUGUGUCCCUGAGUUAAAAAAUACAAUUUUUAAACAUACAAAUCAAAAGGUAAAUCAUGAAUAACCUUUUCAAGACAUUUACCACAAAAAUCCCUCUUAAAAAUGUGUGCAAAUUUAUAUAAACUGCUUUUAAUAACUAAUGAUGUAUUGUUUAAAUUAAAAAUUAGCUCUGAACUAUUCAAAACUAUUUUCUAAAAUGUUCACAAAAUAAUUGGGCUAAAAAGGUAGUUCAUGGUUACUUAGAGUUUUGAGAUAAAAUUCUUAAAAAGUGUAUUACUUUUCUCUGGCUCAAACAAAGAUAAUGUCCGAAAUAGACAGUUGAUGGAGAUCUACACAGCCAUCCAGAAAAUCAGAAGUUUAUUGGGAAGAAGUUUAAAACAUUCGGGAUUCAAUUUUGGUUUCUCUAAUACCUAAAAUAUCCUUAUAAAUCCAUGAUUGACAUGAGAAAUCCUAAUGACCAUAAAAACUAAAUUGUUAAAGAGAACCAUGGAGCUGAUGAUAUUAUAAAAAAUGUUAGAAAUUACUUUUUUUUUUUUUUUUUAAGUAAUCUAGUUUUAGAGAAUGAGGGAAUUUGAGCUGAAGCCCUUCUCAGGGAUCUGAAAGCACACAAGUCUAGAUGCAACAAGGGUGUUUUCUUUCAUU